AAUGUGGAUGGCAGGUCUAGUGAACUGUCUGACUUGGAAUGACUCAAGGGGUGUCCUAGUGACCUGCUUCCUAUCUGUAAAUGCUCAUGGUUAGAAAAUUGAUUUAUAAGAACUAAUGGAGCCGAUAGUAUUCAACCCCCGUUUGUACCAGCAGAGAUACAACUUUGUGGUGUCCUUUGUGGAUCGAUACAAACCUAAAAAGGUUGCAGACCUGGGCUGUAAUAACUGUUCACUUCUGAGAAGGUUAAAGUUUUGUGAUUGCAUUGAGGAGCUUGUAGGCCUGGACAUUGAUUAUAGAUUGCUGACAAACAAGAAGGAAUCUUUGAAACCACUCCUAAUCAGUUACUUGGAGCCCAAAAAAACUCGACUGACUGUUUCUCUUUACCACGGCUCUGUGACUGAGAAAGAUCCUGCAUUGAUUGGUUUUGAUUUAAUAACUUGUAUCGAAUUGAUUGAACACCUGGAAACACGUGAUCUGGAUAAAUUCCAGGACACACUUUUUGGGUUCAUGGCUCCACAUACUGUACUUGUUAGCACUCCCAAUUCAGAAUUUAAUGUCCUACUUCCCAACCUUACUGGAUUCAGGCAUCUGGAUCACAAGUUUGAGUGGACUCGGGAAGAAUUCCAGAACUGGGCUUCAAAUCUUGCCGAAUGUUACAAUUAUUCUGUGGAAUUCGCUGGUGUUGGAGAGGCACCAGCAAAUGCCAAAGAUGUUGGGUUUUGUUCCCAAAUAGGGAUAUUUACUCGAAACUACACUGAGAGUGAAGAAUCUCUAAAGGAAAAAAGAGAGUAUAAGCACGUUUACAAAACAGUUUUAAAUGUAGUAUACCCAAGCCUUCAAGAUGAAAAGUACCUACAACAAGCUGUGUUGAAAAAAGCUAUAUCGUAUGCUUAUAACAUGAAGAGAGAAUUACUACGUCGUCUUUUUCCUAGAGAAGAGGAAGAGCAAGAAGAGACUGUGUUUAUAGAGGGUCAGAAUACAUCCUGGCUUGUAUCAAGCAACUUCUCCCACCAUGAACCUGAAAAACCUGCCGAGGAGGGCACAUACAUAGCACCCUUUCUUCAAGGAAGCACUGUACACAUUCCUAUGGAAAUACUCUUCCGAAACCCAAAAGUAAAGGAGCUAUGUGGAAAUUUUCAAGUUCUAAAAAGAAUGAUUAGUGAAGAUGACUCUGUGACCAGUGAUGAAAAUUCUGUUUUAUUUGAUGUAGAUUUGGAAAACGAUUUCGAUAUUACAGGUUUACAAUGAUAAUAAAUGGAUAGUUUAUUUGAAAAGCUAAAUUUAUUUUGUUUUAAGACCGUAUUUUAUUUUCCCCUGGAUUUUCUAGCUGGAA